UUCUGGUCUACUUUUAAUAAAAUUAAUCAUAUCGAUAAACGAUGUCACGUGAUAGUGGCAACGAUUCAGAAGUUGCGGUCACACACGGGGAAGUGCAAGAAAUAACGGAGGAAAAUCCAGAAAUCGGUUCUAUGCACAUUACACAAGAAACAGAUAUUUCCGAUGCACCCGAAACAAACACAGAUUCGAGUAGACAAAGAACAGAAAGUACAACCAGUGUCAGUUCAGAGUCUUGGCAAAAUAAUGACGAAAUGAUGUCGAAUCUUCGUCGUGCUCAAAGACUUCUUGAUGAUGGUGCCACUCCAUUACAAAUUAUUCAACAAAUUUUUCCUGAUUUUAAUGCAUCACGAAUUGCAACAAUGUCAGAGAACGCGCAUUUCGCCAUAUUAAGCGAUCUUCUAGAACGUGCUCCUGUAAGGCAGAAACUCACAAACUACAACUCACUAGCAGAUGCAGUCGAACUAUUUAAAACAAAGAAACAUAUUCUUGUGUUGACUGGCGCUGGAGUGUCAGUAUCCUGUGGAAUUCCAGAUUUUCGAAGUAAAGAUGGUAUUUAUGCACGACUUCGGAGCGAGUUUCCCGAUCUUCCUGAUCCGACAGCAAUGUUCGAUAUUCGUUACUUCCGAGAAAAUCCUGCUCCGUUCUACAAUUUUGCGAGAGAAAUCUUCCCAGGACAGUUCGUACCAUCUGUAUCACAUCGAUUUAUCAAAGAGCUUGAAACUUCUGGUCGUCUUCUUCGAAAUUACACUCAAAAUAUCGAUACAUUAGAGCAUCAGACUGGAAUUAAAAGAGUUGUGGAAUGUCAUGGAUCCUUUUCGAAAUGUACAUGUACACGUUGUGGACAAAAAUAUGAUGGGAAUGAGAUUCGUGAGGAAGUUCUUGCUAUGCGUGUUGCCCAUUGCAAACGUUGCGAAGGAGUGAUCAAACCGAAUAUUGUAUUCUUUGGAGAGGAUCUCGGAAGAGAAUUUCAUCAACAUGUUACAGAAGACAAGCAUAAAGUAGAUCUCAUUGUAGUUAUUGGAUCUUCUCUCAAAGUUCGACCAGUUGCAUUAAUUCCACAUUGUGUUGAUAAGAAUGUUCCACAAAUUCUAAUCAACAGAGAAUCCCUCCCACAUUAUAAUGCAGAUAUUGAAUUGCUCGGAAAUUGUGAUGACAUCAUCAGAGAUAUCUGUUUCAGUCUUGGAGGCUCCUUCACUGAACUGAUUACAUCUUAUGAUUCGAUUAUGGAACAACAAGGAAAAACGAAAUCACAAAAGCCUUCACAAAACAAACGACAGUUGAUUUCACAGGAAGACUUUUUGAAUAUUUGUAUGAAAGAGAAAAGAAAUGAUGAUUCGAGUGAUGAGCCAACAUUGAAGAAACCAAGAAUGUCGGUGGCUGACGAUUCGAUGGAUUCCGAGAAGAAUAAUUUCCAAGAAAUACAAAAACAUAAGUCAGAAGAUGACGAUGAUACACGGAAUUCGGACGAUAUUCUCAAGAAAAUAAAGCAUCCAAGGCUGCUGAGCAUUACUGAGAUGCUCCAUGACAAUAAGUGUGUCGCGAUUUCUGCUCAUCAAACCGUCUUUCCUGGAGCCGAAUGCUCAUUUGAUCUAGAAACAUUGAAACUGGUUCGUGAUGUUCAUCACGAGACACAUUGCGAAAGUUCGUGUGGUUCGUCUUGCUCAUCAAAUGCCGAUUCAGAAGCAAAUCAAUUAUCUAGAGCACAAUCGCUAGAUGACUUUGUACUAUCUGACGAGGAUCGAAAAAACACGAUACAUCUGGACUUGCAACGAGCCGAUUCAUGUGAUGGAGAUUUUCAGUAUGAACUAUCUGAAACGAUUGAUCCUGAAACAUUCUCGCAUUUGUGUGAAGAAAUGCGUAUCUGAAUCUCAUGUUAAAAAAUUUCAAUUUUCCUUCUCUUGUGUUCUCAAUUUUACACCAAAUCCCAUUGAAAAACGCGUUUUCAUCUGUUAUUGUGUGUUUAAACUUUUAAAACUUUAAAUUGUUUUUCAAUUCUUUGCAAACAUCAAAAUAAAAUUAAAAAAUUUCAUUCU